UCGUCGUACCUCAGUCUCUCUCGGUAUCGCAUCCUCUCCGUGCUACUUAGACGUAACUUGUGAUUCUAUUAACCGGCAUAGUGCUUAUUGACUUUGUGAAUUAUUUCGGCGAUUUAUUUUUAUAAUUAACUAUUAAUUUUUUUUUAAUCGAUAACUUCCUCAUUGCCGGACAAAAAAGAAAUUUGUAUAAAUAGUAAUAAUAAUAACAUUAACAUUUUAUCGAAUUGAGACUCGGCGAACUUGUUCGCGGUAUUGAUAGCAGAAAAUAAUCAACGAUAAUCAUGAGAGUGUUUUAUUGAGGUAUUAAUGAAAAAUUUAUUCAGAGACCAGUGAGAAAAAUUAGUGAAAUGUCGAAGCUCUGGAUAAUUAUUGCGGCAAUUUAUUUAACUAGGAUUUCGGUAUUUUGUCUGACACCAGACGAAAUCGAAGCUCAAAGAAGUGGCUGGAAUGUCGAUCCGAAUACCCAGUACCACAUACAAACUGACGAGGGGCCAGAGAGAUACUUUCGAUUUCAAACACUCAAUGGACAAUUUCGUAAAGAAAAGAGGCUCGAGGACGGUACUGUUGUCGGUACUGAAGGAUGGCUUGAUCCUCUAGGUUAUUUAAGAAUCAAAGAUUAUAUCGCUGAUCGCGAAGGCUUUAGAAUACUUAAAUCUAAAACGGUUUACGUUGGAAUCAAUCGAGCGAUUGACGAAGCAGUUACCGCCAGUAAACGAGUACCGCCUACAAGUGGAGUUUUGGUUAAGCCACGACGACCUCCUAAUCCAUUUAGACAACCAGUAUUACAAGACUUUUCAAGCAACAGCAUCGAAAGUAACACGAUAAAACCAUACCGAGCGUAUUCACCAACAGAUUCACGAAGAUUCAUUGUACCUUCAACUCCGUCGUAUCCGCAUUCAAAUUAUUACUCAACAACAAUAAGACCAAUAGCAAUAGCCAAUGAAUUACCAAAGCCUACAACGAAUAAAUACAUUCGACCGUACCGAGUUUACAAUCGAUCUUACAGAAGAUCUUAUCCAUACGUUGGAUCACCUACUGUUGAAAUAGAACCGCCAGAAAAUAAUAGCAAUAAUAAUAUUAUUAAUAGUAGUAAUAAUGACGAAGCAAUAAAAGGAACUCCAGAAUCAACAUUUGGACUUUAUCGGGCAGACAAUCGGCGAUACCGAGCCGCCCUAGCGUCAGGACGUUUUAACAGCACAUCUCGACAAGUACGCACCCGUCGACCCAAUUUCACAACUGAAAACUCCGACAGUCAGACAAAAGAAACAACAAGUCCCGUUUACUACACUCUACCGCCAGCGAAUCCACGAACCAGACAGGCGCGACUUUCUCAGGGGAUUUCAUCAACACCAGAAGAAUACGAAUUUCCUCAGUACGAUGGAACUCACACGACCGCUGAUGGUUUUCAGUAUUACUUAAAAACUCAUUAUCAUGAAGAAGAACAACAGCCCGAUAAAAGCGUCGGAUCAUUCGGCUACGUGGAUCCCUUUGGAAUCAGACGAGUUGUCUACUACAAAGCUGAUGGACAAAAUGGGUUUGUUCACAAGAAAAAUAAUCGGUAUGUAGGGUUCGACGCUACUCCAUACGAUCCCGUGCCACCGAAAUAAGAAGAAGAUAAUAAAAUAACUGAAGUGUUAUUAUGCUCAGUUGUGAAUUUUAGUCAAGAGCCUCCGUUCUAGAUGCCUUACUUGUGAAAAUUAACUCGACGUGCCAGUCGAUAGUUUUAUGGUUGUAUGAGUACGUAAAUGUGUGAAUGAGAUUCAUUUAUGAUUUAGAAAAUAAUAAUAAUAAUACUGACAAUAAUGAUGAUAAUAAUAAUAAUCCUUAAGCUUCGAAUUCACACAAUCAUUUAUUUAUCUUUAUUAUUAUCAUACUGCUUCAUAAAGAUUAUUAUUAUUAUUCUUUUUUUGUCUACAUGUUAUAGUGAAAGAUUAGUUACGAAAAAAGGUGCUUCAAGUCUUUAGAUAUUCAUUUUAAAAAAUACGCCGUACCUAAAAGUUUGACGUGUGCGUACAGAGCGCGAAGUAACGUAACAGGAUUAUCAAUUAUUAUUUUUUUGAAUCACGUGGGAACAUUUGACACGUAACAACUAAUAUAACUGGACAUUGAACUCGUACUUGUCAAUAUUUUAAACUCAAGUAUCUGACGCGAGCAUGAUUA